UCCCAAUUUAAGCAGCCUCAAAAGGCGCCUUCGCUUCAUGUUUCCCAGCAAGCUCCGCGAGAGCGCGGACUAUCGAUUGGCUGUGGCCCGGCACUGCCGGCAGCGGUUGCCCAGGCUUUCCAGCGCGAAGCCGGAGCGGGUGAACCCGUCUGGACGUCAGCGGUGAGGAUCUGCUCCUAACCUAGCAUCGUAAACUACAAUGAAGAACCAAGACAAAAAGAAUGGGGCUGCCAAGCAGUCAGUCAACACUUUCAACCCAAAAAGCAGCCCGGGGCAACCGGAAGCAGGACCGGAGGGAGCCCUUGGGCGGCCCUGCCAGUCCACUCCUGCGACAGAAACUGAAGGUUCCUGCAGCCAGGCCCCAGGGAAGCCUGAGGGGGCUGAAACCAGAACUACUCAGUCUGGGCCCCUCAAUGAUGUCUCCGAGGAGCUGAGCCGCCAGUUGGAAGACAUCCUGAGUACAUACUGUGUGGACAUCAAUCAGGGGGGCCCAGGUGAUGAUGGGGCCCAGGGUGAGCCCACUGAACCUGAAGAUGCAGAGAAGUCCCGGAACUACACAGCAAGGAAUGGGGAGCCUGAGCCAGUGACCCCAGUAGUCAAUGGCGAGAAGGAGACCUCCAGAGGGGAGCCAGGCACAGAAGAGAUCCGAGCAAGUGAUGAGAGCGGAGACCGAGACCACCGUAGACCACAGGAGAAGAAGAAAGCCAAGGGUCUGGGGAAGGAGAUCACGUUGCUGAUGCAGACAUUGAACACACUGAGUACUCCAGAGGAGAAGCUGGCAGCUCUGUGCAAGAAGUAUGCUGAACUGCUGGAGGAGCAUCGGAACUCCCAGAAGCAGAUGAAGCUCCUGCAGAAGAAGCAGAGCCAGCUGGUGCAGGAGAAGGACCACCUGCGCGGUGAGCACAGCAAGGCCAUCCUGGCCCGCAGCAAGCUCGAGAGCCUGUGCCGCGAGCUCCAGCGGCACAACCGCUCCCUCAAGGAAGAAGGAGUGCAGCGGGCCCGGGAGGAGGAGGAGAAGCGCAAGGAGGUGACCUCGCACUUCCAGGUGACACUGAAUGACAUUCAGCUGCAGAUGGAGCAGCACAACGAACGCAACUCCAAGCUGCGCCAGGAGAACAUGGAGCUGGCCGAGAGGCUGAAGAAGCUCAUUGAGCAGUACGAGCUGCGGGAGGAGCAUAUCGACAAAGUCUUCAAACACAAGGACCUGCAGCAGCAGCUGGUGGAUGCCAAGCUCCAGCAGGCCCAGGAAAUGCUGAAGGAGGCAGAGGAGAGGCACCAGCGGGAGAAGGAUUUUCUCCUCAAAGAGGCAGUGGAGUCCCAGAGGAUGUGCGAGCUGAUGAAGCAGCAGGAGACUCACCUGAAGCAGCAGCUUGCCUUAUACACAGAGAAGUUUGAAGAGUUCCAGAAUACGCUUUCCAAAAGCAGUGAGGUGUUCACCACAUUCAAACAGGAGAUGGAAAAGAUGACUAAAAAGAUCAAGAAGCUGGAGAAAGAGACCACCAUGUACCGGUCCCGCUGGGAGAGCAGCAACAAAGCGCUGCUCGAGAUGGCUGAGGAGAAAGCACUCCGGGACAAGGAGCUGGAGGGCCUGCAGGUGAAAAUCCAGCGGCUGGAGAAGCUGUGCCGGGCGCUGCAGACCGAGCGCAAUGAUCUGAAUAAGAGGGUACAGGACCUGAGCACCAGUGGCCAGGGCCUCUUCCCUAACAGCGGCCCUGAUCAAAGGCCAGAGGCUCCCAAGGAGCAGGGUGGCGAGGUGCCUGGGGCACAAGCACCCAACCCCUCAAGGGCCACAGAAGGUGCCUGCUGCCCUGGAGCACUGAGCACAGAAGCCACAGGCCAAUCAGAGCCCCUGGAGCCCAGCGCCACAAUGGCCUAGAGAGCCUGGCACUUCAAGCAUGCUGGGAAGGGAGCGGGCAGCCUGGCCAGGCUGGCCCAUGCUAGCCUCCCCCCACUAAGCCGUCCAGUGCUCAGGCUGGGGUGCUCUGGCCGGCUGGCAUUUGACACUUUGCAAUUUUGGAUUUGGUAGGUCCAUUUUACAUGUAUAUGGCAUAUGUGCAAGGCCUCCUACAUUUCUGUCUGUAAUGUAAAAUGGACUUGCAUUGGGAGCGGGUUGUGUAUAGAUAAGGUCGAUGGCUCUUCUGUGAGCUGAAGAGUCUUAAAAGAGGAGCUGUCUUCUGUGGUGCUGUCACGGUCAGCUGGCAGGACGAGUGGCUUGAGUUUCUCCUGCCUCCCAACCCUCGGGGCUCAUGACAAGUGACAGGCCCAGGCCUUGGCUGUGUUUCUCACGUGCAGGGCUUGGGCAGCUCGGACUCUCCCAGCUCCCCCAGAGACUCCUUCACUUCUCUUGACCUGAAAAAGAUAUUCCCAGGCAGAGCCGUGGCAGGGCACCCAGAGCGGGUGACUGGACUGCUCUCUCACCCAGGAUGAGGGGCCAGAGAAUGUUUCUGUGGUCUGAUGUGCUGUUAGGGAGCCCCCCAGGCACUGCUUCGCCUGCCCCCUGGGAGUGGAGGGCUCAGGCCAGUGAUGCUUCUCAGUAGCCUUAUCAUUCACAGGUGCCUCUCCAGCCUGCACAAAUGGUUGACAAGAGAUCACCCAAAGGAUUUUUUUUUUUUUUUUUUUUUUGCACAUGACAGUGUCUGUAUUGGGGAUUUGCCAAGGAAGGAGCAGGGGUGCCAUGGCAGUGGUGCCUGGGUUCUGGUCUCCAGUGUCCCACCACCCCACCUGUUUGGUGAGACUAGAUUCCUUAGAGUGAGAGAAAGGAGAGAGUUUCUGAUGGCUUUGCCACAAGCUUGCCUGUGGGUUUGAAUCCUAGGAGGCCGCCUCUGAUUCCCUCUACCUCUGUCUCCACACAGCAGUUUGCUGGUCCCCAGGCCCAACUGCUCCUUUGGCUUUAUGGGUCCCUUUCCACUUCUUCACACCAGAUGUACAGUCCUUAGGAUUGUCCCAUUUCCUGGUACCUCUUUUUUGCCCAAGAGCUGAGGUCUGUCCUCCCUUGGGUUCCACCCCUCCCUGUGUGGGAGCCCAUAGGCCAGCCCCCAGCUGUUGUAUGGCAUCGUAAGGGAUAAAAAUGAUACCCCAGAAAUCCAUAAGCAGGCUGCGGACGUUUUUGUUUGUCCUCCCCAGUAUACACUACUCUAUACUCUGAAAGUUCCGCUGGAGGUAAACCUGCCAGUGUAUUAGCCAGUCUUUUCAUACGAGCAGUUUUCUGGGACAAAGAAUAAGUCUUAGGAAGCAGGGCUCUGCUGGGUUUGGGCUACAAGGCCCCAUCUCCAGCUGGGCCUCAGCUUCCGCCUAGCUGAGGGAGCCACAGACCAAAAUGGAUAGAAUGGUUGGAAUUUUGCUUCUGGCUGUCUUUCCUUGAAGCUACUUCAUUGUCCCACUGUUCCUUUCAUCUUCUACAACUAGCCCACCCUCUUUCAGCCCCUGAAUUAAUCCCUCAGGCGAGUAGGUUCAUAAUAAGGAGUGACAAGUGUUCCUGAAUCAGGUUCUGACUUAGAGGAGAGAUGGCUAAUGUGUCACACACACCCGUGUUCCUUCUCGUGCCCCCGGCAGGGACCGCCAGUCUGCUUCACAGUGUUUUCCUGCUAAUCUCUGUUCUGUUUCUUGUCAAGGUCUGUCCCUGGCAGUGGGUUUGAUUGUGGAGACCUGUUUGCAUCCCUGGCUGAGAUCCUGCUCUCUUGUGGAGAAGUGUUUCCCAGGAUCUUUUCUCCUCUUUGGAAUCCCUAGGUGGGAUGGUCCCCAAACCUGCCUUUUUUUCCUGCUCCAGUCAGGCCUCCCUCCCACCCCCCAGCCCUUUGCCCAGGCUGGGGUACAAGAGCUGCUGGCUCCACACGGGGUUUGCUGGGCUGAGGAGGCACAGGAAGGGGCAGAGGCAUCCAGCUUCCCCCUUGAAGAGAAGGGAGAGACCUGCAGUGGCUCACAUAACUGCCUGUCUCACUUAAGCUACCUCGCUAACGUCCACAGGGGGCUUGGGUCUUUUGGAGCCCAGGGUGGUGGUGUGGGAGCCCAGCUAGGGACAGGGGGCCCCUACUGGCUUCCCGGGUGAGGACUGUGGGCCUGGGGCCGGACUGAACCUCUGCUGUCGCCUCCAGCCGUUUCUAGGUGCCCAGGCCAGGCUGGAGGUGGCGCUCUGAUCCCUUUUUUAUCCUCUUCAUUGACCAAACCUCACCAGUCACUACAGCUGCUCUGCUUGCUCUGCUUUCCAAAGUUUGCUCAGGUGCCUGAGUGCUGCCUGCACAGGCCAGGAGCCUGGGCCGGAUGCAGGAGAGGAGGCCAGUCAUGAACGAAGGCCAGUGCCUUCCUCGCCCGGGCAGGCCCGUGCACGUGACCUCAGUUUUAGGACCAGGAGCUGUUCUGUCUUGGUUUCUUAGAUUGCUAGCUUUUCCUCCAGGGGACCACAACAGGUGAGGCUCACAGCCCAGAGCUCCAGCUGAGAGCUUCAUAUACACAGGGUUCUGCAAAGUGUCGGCAGCACUUUUUUAUUUGUUGUUUUCCAUGAGGUGUUUGGACCAGGGGCUGGGCUCAGGCACUUUCUGUAAGAGAAUGUUACUUCUGUGGAGAAGGCUCCCCAACCCCCAUCGUGACCCUGCUGAGGGCUGCCCUGGGGUCUCCUGGGGGAAGACCAAGACCUGCUGAACUGAUCGUGCAGCCCUCCCACCUUGCACAGCGCGGGGGUGGUCACCGCAGGGGCAGCCAGGCAUCUGCCUGCUCCCUGAGCCCUUCCCAGAGGCUGCCUCUGUCCCUAGAGCUCUGCCUCCCAGCAGCCUGACCUGGCCGCCCAGACUUGUUUGAAGCUGUGCUGACAGCUUUUCUUUUGGUAUUUACAACAGCCCAGGGGUUUGAUUUUGAUGUAUUUUAAACCACAUUAUAUAAAUAGUCUGUUGCCUUA